AUGACGGUCGAAAAAUGCAUCGACGCGUGCAAGGCUGAUGGAUUCACGGUCGCUGGGUUGGAAUACGCAUCGGUAGAUUGUGGAAAUGCUCUUCCUAGUCAAGCGGCUACCGAAGGUUGCGCUAUGUCUCUAGAUCUGCCGUAUGUUUGGCCUUCGACUUAUAUUACUUCUGACUCAUAUGCCCAGAAUGUCUGUCCACGUUAUGGAGACCAGAUCUGCGGUGGUAGUACUCGAGCUGCGCUCCUGGGACUGGUGAUGUCUAUACUCUUCAAGGGUGUUACGGGUGGGUGUUUUGCAUUCAACGGAGAGUCCUUUCGUUUAACCCCAAUAUUCAGGGAUAGUGGAAAUUAUAUCCUCCCUCUGAAUGAUGAUGACUCUAUGCAUCACAUGACUGUGGACAAAUGCACCAGUGCCUGUCGAGCUCGGGGUUUGGCGGUGGCUCUUCUCAGUCAAGCUGACUACUGGACGAACUCCAGGUCUGACAUCAGAACGUUCGAACUACCCUUGAGUAUUUGGGAAAAACUGAUUUCUCAUGCAGCAUGCGGCGACAAGAUGCCAUUCGCCCAAAAGAAGGAGGAUGAUGGGGAAUGCAGCAGUCGCUGCGAAGAUGGACAACCUUGUGGAGGUUGGCAUCAU